AUGGCGAAUGGGAGUGUAUCAAGGCUGCCGUCCCCGGGACGGGGCAUUGGGGAUGGUGGAAUGCCGCCAUCAGCGAUACCAGCGGGCUCCUCCAGUCAAGGAGAUCUACUCGAUAAACUACAUCGUCACCUCACUGUUGUAUUCUCGCUCAGAUCAUUCCCCAAAGGCAAUUCGGUCGAAGGGCAAAGAGACAGGACUCUAGACGGAAUACAUGACGAUGGUCUCUUCUUUCUUCCGACUUGCCAAGAUGGUAAAGCAUAUAUCAAGUGCUAUUUCGAGCACGCAACAUCAACCUAUCGGUAUCUGGAAAGGCAGCAAACUGAGCGAUUGGUUGAAGAGUUCUAUGGCAACCAGGGAGAUGGGAUGCAGAAGGAAGAUAUCGUUCUCCUACUUCUGUUGAUGGCAACCGGCUGCCUGUGGACUCCUUCCUGGACAGGAGUAGACCCGCAAAUCACGACCAAAAAAUCUCUCUUGCUGCUUGAAGCCGCGCAGGGACGGUUAGCGAAAUUGGACCUUACGAGGCCAAAAUUGAGACUGGUCCAGAUUCAUAUCGCCCUGUGUCAUCUUCACCUCGGCAUGUCCGAAUUCCGUACGGCUUGGCUUGCUCUGGGAACAGCCGCCCAAUUAGGUCGAUUAAUACGCCUGCAUUCCAAGAGCCCAGAGGGGGUCACCACUGAGGUCGACGAGCCUCGACGACAGGCUUUCUGGAGCAGCUUCAUGAUGGAUAGAUAUCUUUCACUCGUUCUUGGUUGCCCGGUCAUCUAUGACGAACGCGACAUAACGCAGCUCCUCCCAAGCUGUCCGCAAGGAGGCGCCCUGGAAUCGCAAGACGAGGAUCGGCGUCUGGUCGGCUGUAUAGCGCAUAUCAAACUGUCUCAGAUACUCGGACAUGCUUGGCGCCAACUCAAAUCACCAGGAUCGCUCUCGGAAGCCGAGCGCUCGCUUGCUGUACAUGCUCUCAACCAAGAACUCAAUGUAUGGAUUGCGCAUACACCUCCCUUCUUCCACCCCGAUGGGUCUAAUGACCGCGAUAUCAACCCCUUUGCUAGCGUGCCGCCGUUCUUUUGUCGGCAACAACAGCUUGUACAAUCAGCUUUCCAUUUCAUCAACCUCUUUAUAUAUCGCUCCUAUCUUCUAGACCAAUUCAACAAUCGUGCCGCUGCAUCGCCUCUGGCAGCUAUGUCACCCGAGGUGACGGUGUGCGUUGAGUCUGCAAUCAGCAUUGCAAGACUUGUGUCAAAGAUGAGGGACACACCGGGUGCCAAGAGGACGUUUUGGAACUCGGCCUACUUUUGCUUCGCGAGCCUCACCGUCCUCCUGGUAUAUCUGAUGGUGUACGAAGAGGCGCCUCGAAGGGCAGAGAUCGAGAAUAUGAUAGAGGCGGCGAUGGACGGGCAUAUCCAGCUUACGGGGUCGACUAAAAAAGACCGCGAAAACGUUCUGGAGGAGCUCAAGCGUCUUUCACACACCCUGCACCGCCGUCAAGAUCGUCCACAAUCAUCAGGUCACCAGGAGGGUGCUCCUGUAACGUUCGGAAAUGGUCUCGGCGCCAGCGACUGUUUCUCCAGCAGCGCAGCCGAAUGGGAUCCUCUUUGGCAAUAUACUCUCGAUAUGCUUGGCUUCGACCUCAAUAUGGGUGCUCCCCUGCCAAUGGGGCUGGGGACUUUCGAAGGAGCCGAGGCUGCAGCAGCGGAUAUCGGCGCUAUGCUAUGA